AUAUAAUUUGUAUUUCUGUUGCUCGGUUUGGUGCUUGAAGACAUGUGGGAUUUUAAAAUGGAUUUGAAGUAUUUGUUUUUUAUUUGUUUAGUGGAUUUCAGCGCUUCGGAUUCGAGGCUUUUGUCAAGAAGCAAGAGGUAUAUUGCCUUUCCGGAAGGCUCCAGUUUUUCUUGUGCUGGAUGUUUGACUGUGGGAGUGAUUGGUCAGCCAGCGCCAUCAUCAUCGCCAGGAACAUUCACCUUCGGCCUCAACUGGGGCAUAGCGUACGAGCUACCAAAUGCCACGGAGACUGCUUAUGCUUUUCGGAGGAAGAAGAAACCUCUUGUGCAGCGUAGAAGUAGGCGAGAAUUGUAUCAGAAGCUAGAACUUAUUUUGGACAACAUGGGCUACAGCGGUCGAGAAUGCAUUCUUAAAACUCUUUGUGAAACAACGCAACGGCUUGUGCCACAUGGGAAUAAUAUGAUUGAAGAGAUAUUUAGAACAAUGUUUACAUUGCCGAUUACCAAAGUGCUUCCGACAGAGCCUCUCGAACACACGAUAUAUGACUCCGCACAUCGAUUAGGCCUCCUUCUAAAGACAUGUGACAACUUCAAGUGUCCUCUGUCCUUAGUUGACUGGGCUCAAGGAUAUUAUAACGCGCCUGCUCCCAUCGUUGACACUGCGAAGAGUCCUUGGACCCUGUUUAGUAGCAGUUAUAACGACUUAUAGUUUUGUAAAUAUGUUAGUGCUUAUGUUAUUUUUUUAGUUAAGAAUACCUCUAUAUUAUAAUAUAAUUUACAUAUUAUUAUAAUAGAUUGAACUGGGUGUGUUUGAAAAUAUACUGGGCGAUGGAAAUAAGGGUAUAUUCUAUUUAUUAAAUGCAAAUAUUGAUAUAAUGAAUGUAGUAAAAUUAUUACGCUUAUAAGUAUAACAAUAAAGCGAGAUAAUGUCGUAUACGAAGAUUUGAGUUUUAAUAAAUUAAUAACUUACGUUUCCCUACCGUUUGUUUUUCCAUUUUUCAGUUAUAGUAGAAAUAGGCGAUACUUUGACAGCCUGUAUAUAGGAGCUUCCAUCUCACAUAUUACUUUGCUUACAAUAAAGUCUAUCUGCUGCACUCAGCCUCAUUAAAUUAAACCUAAUGAGUAUGUAACUAAUUAUCAUUAACUUUUUAUUAUUUCAUGAUUCAUUACUUAACUACCGACUCAAGGAAACAUUAGGAUGAAACUUAUCGAAACAUGAUAAAUAAGAAUUGAGGUUUCAAAAAUGUUUUACAUAAAUAAUGGCUUUAGGAGUUUGUUUAAUACAUACUUAUCAAUAUGAACUAGGAUAUACCAAAUUAUGACCUUCUCUAACUCUCGAUAUAAAAAAAGCGUAAUAUUUCAUACACAUGACCAUUUUUACUAAAAUUGCAUCUUUAUUUUUAACUUUGGCAAGAGGUGGUAAACGUCACUGCACGAAGAUUGUCAGGCAAGUGUCAACCAAUCAGUUGUUUUGUUUGUAUCGUCCAAAUAUUUUUAUUUGUAUGAACUUCAAGAAAAGAUAAACUAACAAUAAUUUUAAAAUAAUGAGUAAAAACAUAGUGAGUAGUUUUGCAUCUAUAUUAAAUUGCGUUAAAUUUACACCAAAUGAUAUAAAAGAAAAACACAAUAAGGUUAGCAGUUCCAAGACAAAACGCACGGUCACAUAUUAGAAAUAAAAUUAGUUUUAUGCCAAUAAUUACAAAGAGUAACCUAGGUAGGACCGCUCCUAUUAACAGAAUUGUAAUGUCCUAUAACAAUAUAUUUAAAAUAGCAGAAUUGGACAUAUUUUGGAACUCUGCAUCGAUUUUCAAGCGCAAAAUUAAAAAUCAUUUAAUUAAAUAAUAUCAUUCGUUUUUUUUUCGUAUUUAAUUAUAGUUGCUGUAUUUUAAAUUUAGUUUAUAUAAAAUUUUGUUUUUUUUUUUGUUUAGAGUGAUAAGUUUUUUAUAUUUUUGUUUAGGUAACUAAUUUAUAAAAUAAUUUAGAUAAGUAGUAAGUAAACGAGGAAAUUGUCAUAUGUUAAUAAUGUUUUUAAGUACUUGUAAUUUAAUUAAAUAAUUAAUUGCAUGUCCAGUUAACCCGUAAAUGGGGUGUACGAUGUUAAAUAAUAUAAGUAAUUAAUGUGUAAAUAUGCUAAAAGGAAAUACAUUGUAUACAACGUGGGCUUCCUAUUAAAAAAAAAAAACAAAUAUAUUCGUUCUUUCGUUUUAGGAGCUAUUAUCAAACACGCCACGCUCAAGAGUGCAAAAUUACACAAGGGAUGAAAAGGUUCUGUUAGCACCUCUUAUAUCUUUAUAUAAGAGGUGCUAACAAAAUCCGAUUGUCAAGUUAAAAUCAACUGACGGCAAGUCUAUUAAAAAAAAAGAAAUCUAUAUAUAUAAAAAUGAAUUGCUGUUCGUAAGUCUCGCUAAAACUAGAGAACGGCUGGACCAUUUGGAUAAUUUUCGUCUUGAAUUAUUUGUGGAAGUCCAGAGAAGGUUUAAAGGCGAACAAAUAUGAAAAUAAUCGGAAUUAAAUAAAAACAACUAUUUUGAUUUUCCUUUGAUGUGUGGGACGAUGGGGGCGUUCAGAAAUCAAAUAAAAAUAAUAGUUUAAAAUGAAGAACUAAUUAGAAUUUUUAUGUCUUUCUAACUUUCUCAGGAGGUAAAAAGAAAACUUCCUAAAAACACGGGUAAUAACACUUAAAAAAAAGUAUUCCUUUUGCUUGUUUUAAGUUUAUUUUAUACAAAAAUUUGGGUCUUUUAUUUAUCCAAUUGAGGCAAUACGAAGUCUGCCGGGUCAGCUUGUAUUUAAUAAAAUUUGUGAACUA